UCCCCCUCUCCCUGUUUCCUUCUCUCUUAUGCACACUGUGCCACACUGCUGACACUGCUCUGACCAUGGGCCUAAUCACUGGACUCUUCUCAUUCUUUUAUAAUCUACCAAAGAUUUAUAAAUGGUUCCUGAAACCGUACUACUUACUAUCCUUUCUUCUGUGCAUUGCUUUUCUGGCAGUUAGGAAAUGCCCGGGAGUGUGUGAGCAUUUACCCUCACAGAGAGAAGACGGCAACUCCUGUGACUUUGACUGGAGGGAGUUGGAGAUCUUCAUGUUUCUCAGUGCUAUUGUGAUGAUGAAGAAUCGCAGAGCGAUAACUCUGGAGCAGCACAUAGGGAACAUAUUCCUCUUCAGUAAGGUGGCUAACGUGGUGUUGUUCUUCAGAGUGGACCUAAGAUUUGGCCUCCUCUAUGUCACACUGUGUGUUGUUUUCCUCAUCACAUGUAAACCUCCCAUCUACAUGGGCCCAGAGUACAUCAAAUACUUCAACGACAAAACCAUAGACGAGGAACUGGAGAAGGACAGUAGAGUAACGUGGCUCGUCGAGUUUUAUGCCAACUGGUCCCCAGAGUGCCAGUGUUUCGCCCCUGUGUUUGCAGAUCUUUCACUGAGGUAUAACUGUCCAGGACUCAGAUUUGGAAAAAUUGAUAUUGGACGAUACGCGAGUGUGGCAGAGAAGUAUAAGGUGAGCCCCUCCCCCCUCUCCAAACAGCUGCCCUCUCUGCUGAUGCUGCACGCGGGACGGGAGCACAUGCGGCGCCCUCAAGUGGACAAGAAAGGAAGAGCUGUGAGCUGGAGCUUUACAGAGGAAAACAUAAUUCGCGAAUUCAAUCUGAAUGAAAUUUUUGAAAAGUGUAAAAAGCUCAGCAAGGGGCGAAGCGAGAAGAUCGAGGAGCUGGGGUCCAUCCCACAAGAGGACGACCAUCUGGGGGAGGAGUUAGAGAGCAAGAAGGACAAAUAAAAGGAAAGAACUUCUGACAGUUCAGACUGAAGAAACUGAGUAUUGUGUUUACAAUGUACGGUAUGGUUUAAACAAUGUCUUUUUUGUACUUGAAAAUCAGAUCUUUAACAUUUAAAAUUGCUAGUUGGUAGAAAAAUAGAAAUUACAACAGUUAAACUUGCCAAAAUUAAUCAGGCAAGAUAUGUUAUAUAAACAAAAGUAUUGGGGCAUCUACACAUUAUGGCAUCCCAUUCUAAAUGCAUAGGCAUUAGUGUGGAGUUGGUCCCCCUUUGAAGUUCUAACAGCAAGUGUGAAGUUCUUCAGUUAUUGAUCAGCAGAAUGAUGAAGACUUAUCUGCACUAUGCUCCUCAGCACUCUGUCAACCUGCUCUGUAACUUUAUGUGGUAGGACACUUUAUGAGUUGCUGUGGCUUUUUACAACCAUCAAUUCUUUCACUAAUAUUCAUUAAGGCAGACUGCAUGGGUAAGUGCCUGAUUUAUGAUUUAUAAUUUUGUGAAAAGUGUAUUAUUACUCGUGUGUAAUGUCCUUCCCAGUUCUGACAACCCACUUUUUGAAGUAAAUGGAAUGCAGCAUUACUGCGUACUAUCUAUAACAAAUACCCUGACUCAGCCAUGACUUGUUGACAUAUAACUUGUGGUUUAUGACUUGUCUAACAAGAUGAGCCAGAGAGUCUGAUAACAUUGUCUGUAAAAUCAGCCUGUUCUUUACAAAGGAGAGUGAUAGUGGAGUUGUUCUAGUGCCUCUGUUAUGUGCUUAGACUGAGCUUAGACCUGGGUUACAUUUUGCCAUUUUAGGCCUAACUAGAGCCUCAGAUUGGAGGCAUAUUGGCAUUCGCUCCAUUGCUGUGUGUGAAAGGCGUGAUUUGAGAACUUGUCUUUGAAAGCUCCGGCAAAUAUCUGAAAAGUUUUAUAUCUGAACCUGUCGGGAACUGCUACAGCCAAUGAGAGAGGAAGACACAGGGUGACACUGUCUUUAUUAAAUAUCUUAUCCAUA